ACUCAUAUUUCUGCGUUUGAUCUCACGCAGUUUAUUGCAUGUGUUUGUGUGACUCCACUUCCGCUUCCGCUGAUGACGUAUGUGAGGAAGAUGGCAGCGCGCAGAGGGAAACGUGCGGCGGACAGAUCUACGGAAAACAGCGCAAAAAGAGCGAAAAUAAAUCGAAAGAAAACAUCGCAAACACAAAAAAACACGAAGAGAGUGACAUUUACUGCGGAAAAUGAAGAAAAGAAUCAAAAAUCACAAACUGAUCAAGAUCAAACGAAUAUUAUCAGCGUUCCGCCGCCCGUCAGCAUGGGCAAAUGGACAAAUAAAGAGAGAGUUUUGGUGUUUUCUUCUCGUGGAAUCAACUUCAGGACGAGACACCUGAUGCAGGACUUAAAGACUAUGAUGCCACACAGUAAAGCUGACACCAAAAUGGACAGAAAAGACAAACUGUUUGUGGUUAAUGAGGUGUGUGAAAUCAAAAACUGUAACAAGUGCAUCUUCUUUGAAGCCAAGAAGAAGCAGGAUCUUUACAUGUGGAUCUCAAACGUCCCUCACGGACCGUCUGCCAAAUUUCUGGUUCAAAAUGUUCACACACUCGCUGAGCUGAAAAUGACGGGGAACUGUUUAAAAGGCUCCAGACCGUUGCUGUCGUUUGACCCGAAAUUUGACCAGGAGCCUCAUUACGCGCUGUUAAAAGAACUCUUCACUCAGAUCUUCUCGACACCUCAGUAUCACCCGAGGAGUCAGCCGUUUGUGGAUCACGUGUUAACGUUCACUAUCGCAGACAACAGAAUAUGGUUCAGAAACUAUCAGAUCAUUGAAGAAGACGCGUCUCUCGUUGAAAUCGGUCCUCGCUUUGUUCUGAACCUCAUCAAGAUAUUCCAGGGCAGCUUCGGCGGACCCACCCUGUAUGAAAACCCGCAUUUCCAGUCGCCCAACAUGCAUCGGCGAAUGAUUCGUUUGGCCAUGGCGGCUAAACAGAAGGAGAGACAGAUGGUGAAGGAGAUCAAGAAUGAGAAGAGGAAAGAGGGACAGGAAGUGAUGUCGCAGGAUGUCACAGACGAUGUGUUUGUAACUCCAGCGGAGCAGAAACCCGUUCAGAUCGAACUCGAUGCUCCAAAGUCUCAAAUAAACAAGAAGAAACUGAAACUCACUGAGCUGAAGAAGAAAAAGCUGAUGAAGCGCAAAGGCCUGUGAUAACACGACAUACAGUAACAGUGUAAACAUCAUUCACUGAUGUUAUUAGCUUGUGAAACUGUCUGUUCAGAGAGUUUGAGAAAUAGAGUUUUCAGAACGGGAACUGUUUCUGAGAAUUGUAAUUGGUUCAUUUGUCGUGCCCAGGUCAAGUGUCAGGUCCACAUAUAA